GUUGCAACUGACGUCGAGCCACAUGAACCAGAUGAAGCGACAGAACCCUUGAGGGUUGCUUUAGAAACAGCCGUCCAAGAUUAUAUUACGGAUCAUUAUCCCGAGGGCAUUGCCACCGUUUAUUCAACACAAGAUUCAACAUUGACUAUAGCAAUCGUGGAUAAUAAAUAUAACCCUGAUAAUUUCUGGAACGGCAGAUGGCGUUCUGCAUGGGUAAUUACACCGGCAGCAGGAGAAAUAAAAGGGACCGUUAAAGUGAAUGUUCAUUAUUUUGAAGAUGGGAACGUUCAACUCAAUACUGAGAAAACGCAUGAUGGAACAGUUAAAAUUGAUGGAGAGAAUCCAGAAGCUGCUGCUGCUACUAUUGUAAAAUAUAUCAUUAAAGUGGAGGACGAUUUUCAAAAGUCUCUCAACGAAGCGUACGUUGAAUUGAACGAGAACACGUUCAAAGAAUUGAGAAGAGCUCUUCCUCUAACACGUCAUAAGAUUGACUGGGAUAAGAUUAUGAAUUAUAAAAUUGGGCAAGAAUUGGCCGGAAGGGAAUAG